CUGGGGGCAGGAGCAAGGUUAAAUUCCGGAUUAAGGAUCUCUGCCACUGGUCAGUGUGUGCGCCUCUGGGAGCCGGCCCUAGGUGGGAGCAGGGGAAGUGCUUCUCAGUAGAGUGAGAUUUUGAAGGCGUCUGUGUGUGCUAGCGUUGUGAGCGGUAAUGGGGGCAGCUCACUCACUGCCCUGGUCUGGAGCGUCUUCACAAGGCCAGGCUGCGAUUCUGACCCUCGCUGAGGUGCUCUGGCUGUCCUGACCCCCGAGAAAGUGCUCUGGCGAAUGUGUCCAGAAUCCCGCACCAGCCGCUGUUACAGGGCCAGGCAGCAGCAGUGUGAAGGAGGGAGUCUGUGUGUGCUCACACUGAAGGAAGAGUAGGGAGAGAUCAGCUAUUUUUAGCAACAGAACGCGGUGAGAGGUCCGAGAGAGCGACUUAGGAAUGUCUCAGCCGUAGGGCCGGACUGAAGGCAGACAGCAGUGGGUUGCAGAUCUGUGGUAAGUUAGAGCUCCUCGCGUUCCUUAGACUCCUUGCAUGGCCUUGUGUAAGCACGGAGGGUGGACGAGUGCCCCUGAGCCAUUACAGUGCUUUUGUUUCUCUCCCACUGUCCGAGGACAGAGAGAUUUUAAUCCAGGUAUGAGGAGACGCUGAGGCACGAGGAGCAGGUCUCCUUGAGCGUUUCUGUUCUAGUUUUUGCAGAGGCAGUUUGGUGAACACGUGGAUUGCAGCGAUUUUAGGUUGGCUCAGCCCAGCAUUGGGCAGGGUUCAGUGCUUGCUGGCAGCACUCCCAGGAGCAGAGCAAAAGCUGGACUUCCUUUCUCAGGCUGUAUCUGCUGGAGUCACGUACCUGGGACUGUGCCUUCCCGCACGCUCCUGGGCUCUGUCUGCAGGAAGAGAACAUGGGAGACAUUGAUAGAUUUGGAAGUUAGCUUCUGGACAUGAAGCAGGGAAGAUGGACAGGCAUAGGUUAUAAACAGCAGGCUGAAUUGAAGUUGCUUCAGGGGAAAAUAAGGACAUAAUUUUCUGUUAGCAUGCUGAAACAGCUAAUCCCUUUCUCUAUGUCUUGACUGGUGCACUCCAGAUUUAUCUUCCAGGCAGGAAAUAUUUGAAAAUUGCACCUUGCACAAGUACAAAAGCAAAGUUUUAUUGGAACAGUUUUAGUAAUUUAUCUGAUAAGCCUCCUGGGCUGGGCCUGCCAGGGUAGAAAGUCCAGCGCUCUGAAGCAGAAGAAUCAGUUCAGUGUGCCUAUUGGCAUUCAUGUCUCACGUGAUAUGGAAGGGGUUAUGAGACGCCCUUUGCUGCCGGCUUGUUAAAAUGGAGAAACAGAACGGUUGUGAUGGAUACAUUUUUUUUGUAGUCAAAUGGUUUCUGUUAGUUUAAAGUUCUAAUAAACUAUCCCUGAUUUUAUUUUGUGCAGAUGUGUCACAUUACCCAAAGAAGUUCAACUUUCUUCUUUCCAAAAAUAUGUAGUAUAUUUUGGCGGAGUUUGCAAGAGAGGGAAGAAAGUAACAGAAUAGUUGGGUUGCCAGAAGUGAAGGCUCUAUCUCCAAGUGUGGGCUACGCUAUCUAUAGUGUAUUCAAAAGGAAUACAAGGAGAGCAAGGUUUCAUCAUACAAGUACAUCCCACUGGUGCAGCUGCAGUAAGACAAUUAGUGAUGAAAAAUACCAAGACCCUUUUCAACUAGGUAGAAAAGACUUGAAGAAUCUCUAUGAAGAUAUUAAAAAGGAAUUGCUGGUCUCUGCAGCAGAACUUAAGGAAAUGUGUGAUUAUUACUUCGAUGGGAAGGGAAAGGCCUUUCGACCAAUGAUUGUGGUGCUAAUGGCUCGGGCUUGCAACAUUCACCAUAAUAAUUCCAAGGAGGUGCAAGCAAGCCAGCGCUCUGUGGCCAUAAUUGCUGAGAUGAUCCAUACAGCCAGUCUAGUUCAUGAUGAUGUUAUUGAUGAUGCAAAUUCUCGCAGAGGAAAAAGGACACUUAAUCAAAUCUGGGGAGAGAGGAAAGCUGUUCUAGCUGGUGACUUCAUCCUCUCAGCUGCUUCUGUAGCUUUAGCACGAAUUGGAAAUACUACUAUCAUCUCUGUUCUAACUCAGGUGAUUGAAGAUCUGGUGCGUGGUGAAUUCCUCCAGCUGGGUUCCAAGGAAAACGAGAAUGAGAGAUUUGCUCACUACCUCGAGAAGACUUUUAAGAAGACGGCGAGUCUGAUAGCAAACAGUUGUAAAGCAGUUUCAAUUCUAGGCUGCCCUGAUCCCAAGGUUCAUGAGAUUGCAUACCAGUAUGGAAAAAAUGUUGGCAUAGCUUUUCAGCUGAUAGAUGAUGUGCUGGAUUUUACAUCAUGUGCUGACCAUCUAGGGAAACCAACAGCAGCAGAUCUCAAGCUUGGAUUAGCUACAGGUCCCGUCUUAUUUGCUUGUCGACAGUUUCCAGAAAUGAAUGCUAUGAUAAUGAGGAGAUUCAGUAAGCCAGGAGAUGUUGAACGUGCACGGAAAUAUGUGUUGCAGAGUGAUGGUGUGCAGCAAACGACCUACCUCGCCCAGCGCUACUGCCACGCCGCCACGCGCGAGAUCCGCAAGCUGCGGCCGUCCCCCGAGAGAGAGGCCCUCGUCCACCUGACAGAAAUGGUUCUCAUGCGAGACAAGUGAGAGAGCUCCUUCCACUCAUUCUGGCAGCUACUUACCAGACUGUGCCUAAAUUUAUUUCAAAAGUUAUUUGCUUCCAACACAAGCUACCAAAAAUUAUUUUUUUAAAAAAAAAAUCUUUUUUUUUUUAAGUUCUUUUUUUUAAAAAACAAAAGUUUGAAGUCUUUUACUGCAGGAAGCCAUGCAAUUCAGAGCAAAUCAAACUGUGCUGUACAAUUGUUUUAGCGGGGGCUAUUGAUUGUGGGGGAUGGGGAAGAUGUUUACAUGUUGAUGCACAAAGGCCACAAUGAGAGUAAAUAUAAAUCAGUGUAUGAAAACUGAA